CAGGCGACAAGGAGCGGCUGACCAGGUAACUCUGGCCCAACUGCUCCCAUGGCUGCCCCUACCAAGAGUGCCAGGCUCUCCGUCGCCGUCGAGAAAACUGGAAAAUGGGUUUUAUCUCAGGAUGUUCCGAGCGACGUGGUGGUUCAAGUUGGAGAGACCAAUUUCUGCUUGCACAAGUUCAUGUUAGUGACCAAGUGUGGCCACAUAAGGAAAUUGAUCUUGGAGAGCUCGGAAACGGAUCUGUCAAGAAUUGACCUGCCGGAUUUGCCAGGUGGGCCUGAGAUUUUCGAGAAGGUGGCCAAGUUCUGCUAUGGUGAAAACUUCGAGAUCACUGUGAGAAAUGUGGCCGCGCUCCGCUGUGCGGGAGAGUACCUGGAAAUGUCUGAAGCUUAUUGCCAGGAAAACUUGAUCUCUCGAACGGAGGAAUUCCUUGCACGAGCCGCACUCACCACCUUUUCCGGUGCCAUCGCCGUGCUUAAGAGCUGUGAGGAGUUUAUGCCCAUGGCUGCGGAGCUAGAAAUAGUUCAGCAGUGCUUGGAUGUUGCAAGCUUGAAGGCUUACAACGAAUCAAAUUCCCCCAUGAGGCCUCCUCCUGGAAGGUGGAUGGAGGAGCUCUCCAUCCUGUCUGUCGAUUCCUUCAAGCAAUUCAUGGUCUCCCUCAAAUCUCGAGGCGCGCGGAUGCAGACCCUCGCUGCCACGGUCAUGACGUUCGCCGAACGUUCCCUUCGGGAGCUCGUUCGUGACCGGACCGGAGGUGCGGCGAUCUCCGGUCGGGCGGGCGACGUCAAUCAGAGAAGGCGGCAAAGGGAGACGCUCGAGGGGAUCGUCGGGACAAUGCCGGACGAGACAACUGCAUUCCCGGUGUCCUUCCUAUGUUGCCUUCUCCGGGCCGCCAUAUUCUUGGACUCCGCCCUCGCGGUGCGGGGCGAGUUGGAGCAGCGGGUGGCGGCGGUGCUGGAGCAUGCGGCAGUGGACGACCUACUCGCGGUGGGAAUGGGGUACGAGGGCGAGCGGCUGGUGGACCACGAGAGCGUGAGGCGGAUUGUGGCGGAGUUCGCGGAGAAGGAAAAGGAGAGGAAAGGGAGCAGCUUAAGGGACGCGGCAGUGAGGGGGACCGCCUCCGAGGCAAUGCAGAGGGUGGCGAAGACGGUGGACUUGUACCUGGCGGAGAUCGCCACCGACGGCGACCUGAGCAUAUCUACGUUCACGGCGAUGGCAGUGCUCAUCCCGAAGUCGGCCAGGACCCAUGAUGACGACCUCUACAGGGCCGCCGAUAUCUACCUGAAGGCACAUCCUGGACUGGAUGAAAUAGAUAGAGAGAAAGUGUGCAGCAUCAUGGACCCCUUGAGCCUCUCACAUAAUGCAAGGGUGCAUGCUUCCCAGAACAAGAGGCUCCCUGUUCAGGUCGUGCUGCAUGUUGUGUACUAUGAUCAGCUUACGGUCAGAUGUGAGGAUCACAAGCUCUCUGAUGCCUCCAUUACCAGAAACCAAGUUAGUGCAGAUGUUUCCUUGAUAAGAGAGAAUGAAUCUCUGCGGAUGGAGCUGGACAAGAUGAAGGCGAUCGUCUCGGGUCUGCAGAGAGGUUCGGAGCCAGCAGCGGCAGCAAAAACAUCAAAGCGGCCAACCUUCUUUGCAUCUGUGUCGAAGACAUUUGGUAAGCUGAAUCCCUUCCGCCAUGGCUCGAAGGACACGUCACAAAUUGAGAUCAUCACUUGUGGGAGCAUCGAUAUCACAAAGCCCAAGAAGAGGAGGUUUUCUUUAUCUUGAUCAAUUGGCAAGCCCUGGAAUGUGUGUUUAUUAUGUUUUCCUUGUUAGCGGGUGUGUAAGAAAAUACAUUUUAAGCAGUCUAUGCUUUUAGUUUACAGGAAAAUCUGUGUGCAUGUGUACACGCACACCGACGUGCAUGUGUGUGUUCAUGUAAUUCUGUAUUCAUGCAUGGUUAUCUGCAAGCAUGGUAGGUUGCAAUCUAAUUGCACGGAUUUCGUGUGAUUAUCGCAUUGCAUUUCGC